AUGUAUGCUUCUACUUCCUUUACUUCACAACUCAUCCAUGAGCUUUUUGUGGAUUCUCACACAAGAAGGCUACUCUUCCAAAACCCUGCUGAUCAUCGAUCACUAACCAACUCUCAUGUUUUAACAAACAACCGCAAUUCAACAGACUCAUAUUUUGGAAUUCGUCAAUUUGAUUCAAAUGUUGUAAUGAUACUUGCAGUCCUAUUGUGUGCGCUUGUAUGUUCACUUGCAUUAAACUCCAUCAUAAGGUGUGCCUUGAGGCUUUCAAAUGUAGCCAUCAACAACAACCAAGCUUCACAACAAUUGGCUAAUAAAGGAAUCAAGAAGAAAGCUCUCAAGACAUUCCCCAUAGUGAGCUAUUCAACUGACUUGAAACUACCAGGUUCGGAUAUCGAGUGUGUGAUAUGCAUCUCAGAAUUCACAAAAGGUGAAAAAGUGCGCAUAUUACCUAAAUGCAACCAUGGUUUUCAUGUUCGUUGCAUUGAUAAAUGGCUAAAGGAACAUUCAUCAUGUCCCAAGUGUAGACAGUGUCUUCUUGAAACAUGUCGAAAGAUUGUUGGAUUAGAUGCAACACCUAUAUUGCCAGUACCAGAAACUAUUAUAAGGAUUCAACCACUAAACCAUGAAGCUGUUGAACGUAACUAUAGGGAAGAAAGCAGAUAA